CACACAGACACACAAAGAAGGGAAGGUUAAGAAAAAGCAUAUUGAAAAUCUCCCAUCCAAUACACAGCUCCAUCUGUUCUCUCUGCGCCUUGUUCUGCUGCUCACCCUCUCCACCUCUCUCUCCCCCCCCCCCCUCUCUCUCUCCCCCCCCCCCCCUCUCUCUUUCUUCUCCUCUCUGUCUUCUCCCAGGUACCCGGGUUGAGUGCCUACGGACCUUAGUCACCCCUGCAGGCCCGGAGCUGCACCGCCCCACCCAGGGGAGCCGGGGGUAGAUUAAAUACCACUGAUUGAGGUGUGGGGGGGGGGGGGGGAGAGAGAGAGAGAGAGAGAGAGAGGGAGGGAGGGAGGGUGAAUAACAGCAGGCGUUACCGGCGGAUUCGCACCGGCAACCUCGCACCCGCGUCACCACGGCAACGGCGGGAGGGAGAGAGAGAGAGAGAGGGGUGAAGAGAGAGAGAGAGAGAGACAUAGAGAGAGGGGGAGAGAGUGAGGUGCUCCAGUGGAAGUGUACCCCCAGCCCAGCUGCCCUCCCGUUUUAAUUGAACUGGAAGCGAGAGGCGGGGAUACGACAGACGAGUGUCCCCAUGCCAGCUCCUUCAAGAGUCGCUCCCACCAGCCCAACGGCCCUCGUCCAAUAAGGCCGCUCGUUGUCGCUGCCCCGCGCCCGCUGUGGCACAGGGAGGGCCAGAAGACGUACCCGUGGGCCGCGACGAUGUCCCUCCCCCAGGCGGGCAGAGCCAGGGGGCCCGGUGGCCCCCCCACAACGCCCGGGAGCCUGACCCUGACUCUGACUCUACUAGCUCUGCUCCUGCUCAACGGCGCCCCCACCGUGCUGUCGCAGGCCCCCAAGCCCAAGGGCCCCGGCCACACCCACCUCAACUCCAUCCGCAUCGACGGGGACAUCUCCCUGGGGGGCCUGUUCCCGGUGCACUCGCGGGGCCACGACGGCAAGGCCUGCGGGGAGCUGAAGAAGGAGAAGGGCAUCCACCGGCUGGAGGCCAUGCUGUUCGCCAUCGACCGCAUCAACAACGACCCGCGGCUGCUGCCCAACAUCACGCUGGGCGCCCGCAUCCUGGACACCUGCUCGCGGGACACCCACGCCCUGGAGCAGUCGCUCACCUUCGUCCAAGCGCUGAUCGAGAAGGACGGCACGGACGUCAAGUGCCUGGGCGGCGGCGCGCCCAUCGUCACCAAGCCGGAGCGCGUGGUGGGCGUGAUCGGGGCGUCGUCCAGCUCCGUGUCCAUCAUGGUGGCCAACAUCCUGCGGCUGUUCAAGAUCCCCCAGGUGAGCUAUGCCUCGACGGCCCCCGAGCUCAGCGACAACACCCGCUACGACUUCUUCUCGCGGGUGGUGCCCCCGGACACCUACCAGGCCCAGGCCAUGAUGGACAUCGUGAAGGCCAUGCGCUGGAACUACGUGUCCACCGUGGUGUCGGAGGGCAACUACGGCGAGAGCGGCGUGGACGCCUUCGUCCACAAGUCCCGCGAGGACGGUGAGUCCCGGGUUCGGGGUCUGCGGGUUCAUUUGGUCUUCUUCUGUGGUUUUCAUUGUGCUUUUGGAUGUAGUUCUCAGAGGAAGAACCCGAGAGGUUUAAGCUCCGGUUCACCCGGGGUUCACUGCCCGUUCAACACGUUCCUCCGCUCGCGCUAA